UCAUUUACCAUUGAUUGCUGUGAAUAUACUCUGUCUGUUGAUAUGCUGCUAAAACAGAUGCACGUCUUUUGUUGUUUGAUGUGGUAAUUUAUCGAAUCAACCUUUAGAAUGUUUUGAUUUUACAAGUUAAUCGUUAUUUAUUUACUUACUAAGCAAUGGGACCUAAUGGUAAUUGCAUUUAUCUAUAUUCCUUUCCUUUUCAGCAGAAAACUAACAUGAAAAUCACAUUAACCUUGCAUAAAUGUCAAGACUAUUAGUAUUUAUGAGAAUUGAACUUAUCGCAUAUAAUUUUUAAAUUUCUCCCAAGACAAUCCACCAAAACAAAUAUCUCCCACCUAUAUACGUAGAACAGAAGUUAGUGUAAAAUAAAUGGGAGAGAUUUUGAGCUACACAAAUUUAAUUCAAUAAAUCAACAGAAAAAACUUAAAAAAUAAUCUAGAAAACAUAUAAUAAAAAUAAGAUAAUUUAAAAGUAUGAGAAAAUUAUUACUAAUAAUAAUAAAUAAUGAUUACUAUAUAUUAUAAAACUAAACAUUUCAAACUAAAAUAAAUGUUAAAAUAUAAUACUCCUUCCGUUUCUUAAUGAUAGACUUUUUAGAAAAAAAGUUUAUUUCAGAAAGAUGUAUUUUUUGUGUUUUCUAUGAAAAAAUUGUCAACUUCAAAAAAACUAAUUGACUUUAUUGAAUUACUAUUGGUUAAAAGUUAUUGAAAAUUACAGAAAAUGAUACAUUUAUUAUGGUAGUUUAAUGUGUUUUCUUAAUAUGUGUGAAAAUACCAAAAAUCUAUCUUUGUGGAAUGGAGGAAGUACUAUUUAUCAAAGAAUAGUGAAGGUAAUUAUCAUUUUAAUUAAAAAAAUAUAUAUUUAUUAUUACGAUCUCAUAAUUAUUUUAUUAUUUGUUUUUAAUAAUAUUUUUCUAAAAUAUAUAACAAUUUUUAAAUACUUCAUAAAUUAAUAUAAAAUAAAUUUGUUAUAAUCCCGUCCGUAGGGCGGGCCGACCCUAGUCUUUAUAUAUAAAAGAAGCAUUGUAUUUCUCCUGAGGGCUCCACGUCGGAUGACACGUCAUCAAUUCAUUCAUCCGCGUGCCGACACGUGUCUCUCUUUAAUGAAACGCUGUGCUGCAUCACAGUUCCGUGCGGGCCUUUAUGUUUUCGGAUGGGCCUCGGUUUGUUCGUCGCGGCCCGUGAAUAGCAUCAGAAAGCGACAUCCCGCUUGACCUAACUAUCGCAUCCGUUCGUCCAACUCUGAUUUCGGCGGCGAGAAGAACGAUCGAUCAUUAUCCAUUGCUCUGUAACGGACCUCAUCUUUAAUGGCAUUAAUACGGACGCUCAGAUCGAGCCCUUCAAUGCGUCGUCUCCUUUGGCGUAAUCUCCUCUAUAAAUUGGUUAGUAUUCAUCUUUCUGGAGAUCUUGCUCUUCUCAUCUCUCUGCUGCUCGUCCUUUUUUCACGAUCUCAACUCAUCUCUCUAAAUGGCCAUCUCUAGGGUGUUGUUUUCCGAUUUGAAGACCGGGAAGUGUUCAUCUGUUGUGGAGGCUAGGCUGCUGAGGUACUGGGAGGCUAGGAACGUUAAGCGGGGUUGGGAGCUUAUGUGGGUGGAUAUGCUGUUGGUCGAUGUUAAUGCAACCAUGAUGCAGGCCACAAUCAGCGCUCACCGUGUCCCACGGUACCAAGAAAGACUUACUGCCGGUGCAAUGUAUUCCAUGGCUGAUUUUGAUGUCGCUAGAUGUGCUCAGAACUUCCGACUUUGUGAUUCUUCAUUGAUGAUCCGGUUUAAUGAGUCUACUUCUUUUGACGAGAUAGAUGAGCCGGUCUCUGCGUUGCCUGAGGAAGCAUUCCGGUUCCGUGACCAGUCGGAGCUGAUUGGUUUGGCCAAUACAAGCACACAGUUACCAGACAUCGUAGGAGAGAUCCUUAGCGUCAAGAGUACUGUUACUGACCCUCCGGAGGAGAAGAAUCGUGCUACGCCAUGACGAUCAACAAGAGCCAAGGCCAAAGUCUGAAACAAGUUGCUUUAUAUCUUCCUCGCCCUGUUUUUACUCACGGUCAGUUGUACGUUGCUAUGUCUCGACUCUCGAGUAACAACGUUUAUAAGGAGAUCUUCAAGGAUGUUCAGACAACUCAGGUUAGAUCUAUACGCUAAGAUAGUACAUCCAUAUCAACUUAUUUUCGAUCACAAGAACUGACAACACCCAUUGCUUGGCACUGGUGCUGAAACUUUUCAUUCCUUGCAGUGAAAGCAACCGGCCCUACUGCUCGGAUGUUUUGGAAACAAUUCACGAAGACUACAAUCAUCAUCCAAUCCAAUGCUUCGGCAAAAACAUCAGUUGCAAGACUAUAAUCCCAAUUAUUUUGACUCUUCACUCUGUCUUCUUUUUACAUUUCCUCCGCAUACGACUCUUAAUUUAAACUACGAGUUUUUCUUAUGAGAAAAAAUAUACCCUUAUUCUGAUGUCAAGAAACAGAACUACAGGGUGAGAACUUACGAUCAAUAAUCAUUAAUAAAUUACAUAAAUAAUAUAUACGGGAAGAGUCAAAAUUAGGUAACCGAAUAUCAUCCUCUUCCUAUUAUCAACACCCAUAUAUAAAAAAAAUAAUUAAUAACACAACUACAUAAAAAUAAAAUAUAUAGUUAUAGAUUCAUUAAAUUUUUUUUUUUUUAAAUGAUUCAUUUUAGUAUUUUAUAACAAAAAAACACACACACACGAUUCAAAUAUAACAACAUAA